AUGAGUCUUCAAUUCAAUGCCCGUAAGGCCAUCGAAGUCCUUGCAGACAAUGAAGGAGAAUCAGCCACUCGUGAAAAGUUGAAAAUUCUCAACCAACUGUCAACCAUUCCCAAUGUCAACAUUAUUCCUGUUGAAGUUCUUCAACUUGUUAUUCAAAUUUUAGGAGAAACAGAAAAUAGAAUGAUCAUCAACUCUAUCCUCUCUGCCAUCCAACAUUUAGCUUCUUUUGAAAGAACUAGAAUGUUACUCGGAGAUGACACCAAUUGUAUUCAAUUAUUGGUUCCACACAUGUCUCAAUUCAAUUUUCCAAAUAUUCAAUCUGGUGCUUUGGAUGCAAUGGCAGAAUUAUUGAAAGGUAGCAAGAAGAAUCAAGAAAAUUUAGUACAAUAUGUUUCUGAAUUUUUCAAUCCAUUGAUGGGUAUUAUUCAGAGAGAAAAUGAUGCAACUACAAAGAAGGCAUUUGCUGUUUUGGAUUCCCUGUUUGAAAAUCCUAUUUGUGUUCAUGCUGUUUUCGGUGAUAAGGAUAGAUAUGAUGAAUAUUUGGAACCUUUGAUUAUUUGUUUGCAAAUUGAGAAUAACAGAUUGGUUUUACAAUGGGCUUUACAAACAAUUGAAAAAGCUUGUAGACAAAAUCAAUUAUAUGCUAAACAUUUACUUGAUAUUGGUAUUAUAGAUUCAUUGGUUCAAAUUAUUUUGGAUCCAAGACAUGUCAGUGCCCAAUCGGUUAAAAUUAGUGCUUUGAAUGCUCUUAUUCAUUGUGUGAAAUAUUCAAAUGAAGCUGGUUUAUGGGCAGGUGAAUCAGGAAUUGUUGAACCUCUCAUUGAAAUCAUGUAUCAUACUUCACUUGAAUUGAACUCUUCAAAUAUUUCACUUUCUUAUGCUCAAUCUAACGAAACACAAGAUUUGAGAGAAGCUUGUUUUGAAUUGGCAAUGAAUUUGACAAACUUUGAAGCUGGAAGAAUUCAUGCUCGUAUGAUUAAUUCAACAACAAUUAUUUCAAGUAGUGAUAUUGACUUGUCAGCAGAUAAUCCAACCACUCCAAAAGAAGAAAAACAAGUCAAAUUGGAUAAAUUAGAUGUAGAUACCAAGAUUCUCAAUCCAUACUUUGAUGAAACUGAAGAAAAGAAGGAAAAUAUCGAUAUUUUAUCUGAAAAUAAGAAGAAAUUCAUAACACAUACCAAUGGUUUGAAUGUUCUCUUUGCCUACAUUGGUCAAGAAGAACCAAAUGAAAAGUCUGAUUUGAAAUACAAAAAACACGUCAAACAGAUUAGAAAGAUGGCCAUUAUGAUCAUUUCAAACAUUUCCACUAUUGCCGAGAAUGGUGUCACCAUCUUGUCAAGAGAACAAAAAUUAUUGAGCUUUGACCAUCCAAUGAACAUUGUAGACUUGCUAUUGGACAUUAUCAUUCACAAGAAGGAACACGAAAAGGAUAGCACCAAGUCCAAGAGAAGAAUCGACGAUGGAAAAGAUUUUAAACUCGACAUGAAACAAUGUAUUAUUAAUGCUAUGGGUUCUUUUGCCUUACAUGACGAUUGUAUUCAAAAACUAGGAGAAAUGGGUGUUAUUAAACGUCUAUUAAAGAUGAUUGAUGAAAGGAAUGAAGCUGCUGAAAUUGCCAAAUUGCUAGCCAAGAUGUGUGAACACAGCAACUUCCAAAAGGUUCUAUUCGAGGAAGCUGGUCUUGCCAGAGUCAUUAAAUUAUUGGAAGCUCAAGAUAAUCCAGAGGAUAGAUUGUCCGGUUUAAUGAUUUGCUUGCCUCUUGCUUCAAAUCCAAAUGGUUGUGUUGCCUUGUCACGUGAUGGCAUUGAUAAGAAGAUCAGAGAUAUUUCAAAGAGAGAAGUCGUAUUCGAGGAAGUGAGAAAGAUGGCUAAACAAGUCAUUAAGGUAUUCAAAGAGAAUAACAAGUCAUCACUUCGUGCAACUAAAGCAGCUGUUGGUGGUUCUGAUGAGAAUGGUAAACCAAUUAAUAAUAUGAACAUAUUCAAGUUCAACUAUGAACAAGUUGCAAGAAUUGACAAGGAAUUUGUCACACUUUGUGAAGAGAGAAUUUGUUCCUUGUUGGAUAAUCCAAAAUUCAAACUCCAAAUCAAUUGGCGUCAAGUAGAAAGAUUGGGAGAUAUUAACUUCUCUGACGAGGCCAUUACCUUGUUGGGCAGAUUGGAUUUAUAUGAGGAAUUCUAUAUGGCCAUUGAAGCAUUUAUUGAAGCUGCUGAGAUUAAUGCUAACAUUUUCAAUGCUAACGUUCCACUUGUUGUUUUGGAAGUCUUGCCACCUGUCAAGAAGGAAGAAAAUUCAAAGAAGAAGGACGAAGAAGAGGAAGAAGCCGUUCCUUGUGAAUUGGAAAUUGGAGAUUUGAUUAUGAAAUACAAAUUAUCUCCUGAUGGUAUUUUGUGGACUCCUAAACAAUUGGCUGGUCUUAUCAGUUAUGAAUUGUUGGGUUAUGACAUUAUUGAAUUGAAUGACAUGUUGAUUGGUGAUGGUGAAGAAGAUCGUGAUGACCAAUAUGAACUCGGUGUUGAUCAGCUCAAGAAGAUUUGUAGAGACUCUAGAUUGGCACUUUUGGGUGAUAUCAAUCUCUUGUAUUUCCAUAUUGAAACAACUGAUUUGUUAUGGAAGGCAGGUUUUGCUGAAUCCCAACAAAUUGUUGCCUCAAAGAGUGUUAUUUCAGAUGAGGAAUUGUUUAUUAAGGGUUGGCGUAUUCUCAAGAUGAACAAGGAUGGUAUGCUUCAAGAGAGAAUUCUCCUCCUCACCAAUACCUCUUACUAUACUGUUUGUUUUGAUCCAAAAUCAAAGAAGAUUGACUACAAACACACCAAGCAUCACAAUAUUGAAGAUUACUUCUUGUGUGAUGUUGGUAAAAUUGUCAAAUCACGUCACGACAGCACUUCUUCCACUGUUCACUUGCAUGAAGAUGGUAGAAAUAAGUUUGCUUUGAAUUUGGUGACUAAAGAAAAACCACACGUUUCCAAAUCACAAAACAAGUUGGAAGAGGAAGCUGAAGAAUUGGAAAAGAUCAAACGUAUGAGCUCUGUUUUCCACACUUCUGAACUCAAAUCUCAACUUUCUGCAAUUUCAAAUUCUGACAUUCUCUCUCAAUCAGACGAAACUGUUUCAACUGAGGAAGAAUUGAACAAAUCAUUGGUUCCAGAUGAGGAUCAAGCUGAAAGACCAUCCACUGCUGGAAAGUAUUGUUCCAUUUUCUUGUGCCCUGAUACUGUUCCACGUGGUAAGCAAAAGUUCUACCUCCAAGAAAUUGCUUGGUGUUUCCGUGCUGUUGCUUGUUGUGCUACCAGAACCGAAUGCCACAGCGUCUUUAAUAGAGACAUUGUCAAACCAAUUGAAGGUAAAUUGGCUCGUUUCUACAACCUUACUGGUAUGGGUAAAAAGAAGGAUAAUUCCAUCAUUGCCAAACACAUGGAAACCAAGAUGAGAAGAGAGCAAGAAAAGCAAGAAGAAAGAGUCAAACAAGCUCAAGCUAAGGGUGCCAAGAAUAUUAAGGAAAAGUAA